ACUACAUUUCCCAUAAGUUUCGGUGGUUCGAGUCAGCUUUUUCGCGCUUUCUUUUCUGCGCCAGAGUUUGUGGGAGUGUCUCCCUGGUGAGGGGAGGAGUUGGCAAUACUACUCAUGUGGUGUGCCCUUCUUAUUAGUGCCUCACUUUGGGUGGUAUUUGUGCUGAUGUCUUACUGCCGGUGAUCAUUUGGUUAAGGACUCUUCCCUUUUCCAUAAGAAGGGCUCAAAAGAGAAGGUUCAUCUCUUGCAAAUCUCAAAGCCAUGCCUCAGGAUGAACUAGAGUCUGCCCUUGCAGGGAUCAGUGUCAUUCAAGGAUGUGACUGUGGACUUCACCCAGGAGGAGUGGCAGCAGCUGGAUCCUGCUCAGAAGACCCUCUACAGAGAUGUCAUGUUGGAAAAUUAUUGUCACCUCAUCUCUGUUGGGUUUCACAUGACUAAGCCUGAUAUGAUCCGUAAGUUGGAACAAGGAGAAGAACUAUGGACUACAGAGAGAAUUUUUCCAAGUCAGAGCUACCUUGAAGAAGAUGGGAAAGCUGAAGAUGUUUUAGUGAAGUUCAAAGAAUACCAAGACAGGCAUUCUAGAUCAGUCAUAUUCAACCACAAAAGACUAAUUAAGGAAAGAAGUAAUAUUUUUGGGAAAACACUUACUAUAGGCAAGAACUGUAUUAUUUCAAAAACAGCACUAUGUGAAUAUAAGCCUGAUGGAAAGGUUUUUAAAAAUAUUUCAGAAUUAGUCAGUAGAAAUAUAAGCCCUGGAAGAGAGAAGUUUGGUGAGAGUAAUGGAUGGGAGAAAUCACUCCUCAAUUCUAAGAAUGAGAAAAUUCAUUCUACAGUGAAUCUCUAUAAACAAACAGAAAGGAGUGUGAGUGGUAAACAAGAGCUUAUUCAACAUCAGAAGGAUCAAACUCCAGAGCAAUCAUUAGAUCAUAAUGAAUGUGAAAAAUCCUUCUUUAUGAAAGGAAUGUUAUUUACACAUACUAGGGCUCACAGAGGAGAAAAAUCCCUUGAAUACAAUAAAGAUGGAAUAGCCCUAAUUGAAAAGUCAAAUCUCAGUGUCCAUUCACAAACUCUUAUUGAGAAGAAACCCCAUACAUACAGCAAAUAUGGGAAGUUCCUCUGCAGGAAGUCCAUUUUUAUCAUGCAUCAGAGAUCUCAAACAGAAGAGAAACCCUUUCAGUGUCCUUACUGUGGGAACAGCUUUAGAAGGAAGUCAUAUCUCAUUGAACAUCAACGAAUUCACACAGGUGAGAAACCUUAUGUUUGCAAUCAAUGUGGAAAAGCCUUCCGUCAAAAAACAGCCCUCACUCUUCAUGAGAAAACACAUAUAGAGGGGAAACCCUAUAUCUGUAUGGAUUGUGGGAAGUCCUUCCGCCAGAAGGCAACUCUCACUAGACAUCACAAAACACAUACAGGGGAGAAAGCCUAUGAAUGUACUCAGUGUGGAAGUGCUUUUAGAAAGAAGUCAUACCUCAUUGAUCAUCAGAGAACUCACACAGGAGAGAAACCAUAUCAAUGUAAUGAAUGUGGGAAGGCAUUUAUCCAGAAGACAACCCUCACUGUACAUCAGAGAACUCACACAGGAGAGAAACCCUACAUUUGCAAUGAAUGUGGGAAGUCCUUCUGCCAAAAGACAACCCUCACUCUCCAUCAAAGAAUUCAUACAGGGGAAAAACCCUACAUUUGUAAUGAAUGUGGGAAGUCCUUCCGCCAGAAGGCAAUCCUCACUGUUCAUCAGAGGAUACAUACAGGAGAGAAAUCCAAUGGAUGUCCUCAGUGUGGGAAAGCCUUUAGUAGGAAAUCAAACCUCAUUCGCCACCAGAAAACUCACACAGGAGAGAAACCAUAUGAAUGUAAAGAAUGUGGGAAGUUCUUCAGUUGUAAGUCAAACCUCAUUGUACAUCAGAAAACUCACAAGGUAGAAACCAUGGGAAUUCAGUAAAGGAUACGACUUUUUUGUCAAACCUUAAAGUAAUAGUAAACUUUAAAUAAAAUAGUACAUGGUGUUGCUUGCAAGUAUAUUGGUAUAUAACAGUUUAAGGUACUGUACCACAUAUUGCCUAUUGUUUGUGAGCCUAUAAAACACAAAAAGAAUGACUAAUGACAAAAGUCAUUGAAAAUACAACCCUAAAUUUUUUAUUAUUAGAUUCACCAGGCAUAAACUUCCUCUGUCAAGUUUCUACAAACAUUUAAAAUUGCUUAUUUUCAAUUUCAGUACAUAUAUUCUUGUGACCCAGUAAUAAACAGUUCUGCCAGUGGUCCAUGGACCACACUGUGAUCAGAAGUGUUUUAAAAGAAAGUGUGAACUGUAUUUCUCAUUGCAAAUAUGAAGUAAAAAUUAGUUGUUACUUCCUCAAAAUUUACCACAGUUAUGACUUCUAACAUUAUAAAUUAGGUUUUGCAUAUUAUGAACCUUUAUAUAAAUUGGAUUAUACAUCAUGUAUUCUCUUUAUAUAAACUGGAUUAUACAUCAUAUAUUGUGUAUAUGGCUUGUUUCAUUCCUCAUUAUGUCUCUAAAACUCAUCAUUAGUGCAUGUGGCAGUUCAUUUAUUUCCAUUCUAUAUAGAAUUCCAUCAUAUGAUUAAAUUACAGUUUAUCCAACUACUGCUGUGGACUUUUUCAUUGUUUACAGCUUAGGAUCAUAAUAAAUAGUGCUUCUGUGAACAUAUUUGUCUUUUGGUGUACAUAUAGUCAUUUCUCAUGUGUAUAUAGUAGAGAUGGAAUUGCUGGGUCCUAGAGCAUAUGUAUGUUUGGUCAGCUUUGGUAGAUCCUACCAAACAACUCAGAAUUUUCACAGCAUGAGUUAAUUCUCUCUGAAGGAAAACAACUGUGAAUGUUAGCAAUAUGGUGGUGGUUCCAACCAGAGAAUUCAUGCUAGAGGGAAACUACAAAUGUGGAAACUGAGAAUCCAAAUAUAAUGCAUGUAAAAAGACUUUUAGCCACAGCCUAAAAUAAUAAUAUCAAACAAAUGUAAUAAAUGUGAGAUUGCCUCUAGCCACAGUAAUGCCAUAUUUGAAAUCAAAAAUCAUACUAAGGCAAGGAAGGCUCCUAGCAUGCUUUCUUGCAUUAGAGAGUUUUAACUGGAGAAAACCCC